AUGGAUGACCCUUCGCGUAUUCCACCCACUGUCUCAGAGAGACGACGUCGUGCAUUAACAAAUCCUGCUCGUGCCCGAGGUCGAGGUCGGGGUCGGGAUAGAGGUCGAGGUGAUGAUAUUGUGUUGGAGGAAGCACCUCAAAUUUUGGAAGAGGAUGUGAUUGAUAAUGGUUCAGGGGAUGAUGAUGAUGCUACUAAUGUUGAUCAGGUUGAGGAGGUACUCACUGGUCCGUUUCCUGGGGGGCCAUCAGAUCCAUCAGUACUGAAGAGCUUCAAGGCACAUAUUGCAGCAGCUAUAUGGGAUCAUAAGGAGAGGAAUCCCUUAAGGUGUUAUAAUCAUGCGUCUAAGAUUCUUGAGUGGCGGUGGUGGUCAAGAACCGACAAUAGAAGGUUUAGAGACAUUGUGCAGCAGUCAAGCCUAUCUUCUUUGGUCCAUUGCACGUAUCGGUUCGUGAAUAGGAUUGUCAUUUCUGCAUUUGUUGAGCGAUGGCAACCAGAGACAAAUACUUUCCAUUUGACAGUUGGUGAGAUGACAAUGACAUUGGAUGAUGUGGGUACCAUCUUGGGGAUCCCUAUCACAGGUAGAUCAGUUAGUGCUGCAACUUUGACAGAUCAACAGGCACAUGCACUUGUGGUAGAUGCCUUGGGAGUUGAUGAUACUGAAGCAACUGAGGAACUAUCAUCUGCUAGGGGACAAUCAGUGAAGCUGGAGUGGUUACGAACCAAAUUCAGUGGUUGUAAAGAUUCAGACACCGAGGAAUCCAUAGCUUGUGCCGCCAGAGCGUAUUUGCUAUUUCUAUUGGGAUGUACAUUGUUCAUUGAUAAGAGUGGGACGAGAGUUCCUGUUGUGUACUUGAAGUUGUUGAUGGAUUUGUCUGAUAUUCAUACAUAUGCUUGGGGUGCAGCUGCAUUGGCAUAUUUAUACCGACAGUUGGGAUUUGCCACGAGAUCAGCUGUUCGACAAAUGGCUAGUUACAUGACAUUAUUGGAGGCAUGGAUUUAUGAGCAUUUCCGGCCAUUUAGACCUCGCCAAAACAUGCAAUAUACUGUACAAUUGCCUCACGUGCAUCGAUGGACUCCUCGUCGGGAAGCUGGCUCAACGAUAUCACACCUACAGGCGUUACGGGAGGAGCUUGACAGAUUGGCAUUUGAUGAGGUUACUUGGGAUCCAUAUCGACAUUGCCGUCAACAUCACCCAUGUCAUGAGAUCACAUUCUAUACUGGCUGUUUGAAGUGUUUGGAUGUUGUUGAACCCUAUCAUCCUGAAAGGGUUCUUAGACAGUUUGGUAGGGUUCAGACCAUCCCACCUGCGCCACUCGACCCUGUUCGUGCUGUUAGAGGUGUGACAGCAGGCCGAUAUAAAGUGAUGUAUCAGUAUCUUGAUCAGAUAUGGGAGAGUUGGGAUAAUCAUGUUUUAUCUGCUCGAAAGAGGAGUACCCCAGUCAUACGUCCAGCUGAUUGUGUUGAUGGUUACAUGCAGUGGUAUACAACCAUCACACACUUACAUAUCCAGAACCCCACACAUCGAUCUGGUUUUGACCCACGUGCACAGGAUAGUCGAUCUGACAUGCAGGAUGCUGAGCGUAUUGAUCACGCAUUACGGAUUGCCCAUCCUAUCAUCGAGGCGGGCCAUGAUGCUAGUGUUCGUGAGCCAUAUAGGUUAUAUGAGGCUAUUGAGAGGAUCACACGUGUUCUUCAAGGUCAACAAAUUGAUGAGGCUGGACCUAGUUCUAUUACACUUCAAACAUACAAUCGUAGGAGACGAGUAGAUGAUAGGUAG